GUAAAAUAGGGCAUACCUUUAGCAAAAAGCCAUUACAUAAUGCACUAGUGAAAGAAAUAAAAUUAUAAUUGCAAGUUGAAUCGGUUUCUUGAUGUUUCAGGAAGAGUUUAAUAGAAGAAUGUUGAAACUACAGCAAUCAGUUGGAUACGAGAGAAUGUUUCUGUUCAGUCAAUUAAUUGUAUCAAAGAUUCAAUUGAUGGGCGACUGAAGAAUUAUUUUUCAAUCAAAUUUGAUUAGGAUAAUUAAGUAUAACCUUUCAAAAGAUUUAUAAUUUUAAGAGAAUGUAAGGAAAGAUUCUCUUAAAAUUACAGACAGAUGAUAGGAUACAGCUCCUCGGCCAAUUAAAGUUACUUUAAAGGAAAAUAAGCCUAAUUCCAGAGGGAAGAGAAGAACGCAUCGUAGCAUGACAAAAAUGGCGGGAAACUGCGCGUCCAUAUUAAGGCAAUCACCAUGUGUUUUUUAUACUCAUUCCUGUAUUAUUAGAAACACGUAUUCCUGGCGUAAAAAGUUGUUGCACGUUCGCUGUUAAACGAAUCUCACUAACAAGCUAUUGCGAAAUUUAUGCUAUUUUAAAAUGGACGCAAAAGGCACUAUGUCCAUAAUUAAUUAGCGUGAUCAUAAAUUUUUCUCUGUAUGAGCGGCAAAUAUACGAAAAUAAAUGGAGACUGCCAGGUGCUAGACCCUUAAUGCUCAACACGUGACACUAUUUCCGGUUCUUAGGGAGUUCCACUGCUGAUGUAAUGGUUGCAGGUGUUGUUAAGCUGUCCAAGGAGGAAAAAUUUAUUUUAAUACUAAAACAAACUGAUAUGCAAGAUAUUUAUUGGAAAUCUAGAAUAUGGCCUCAUAGAUGUCUACAUAUAAGGGUGACAGAUUGAAGAAUGUGAGAAAUCUAAGGAUUUUAUUGAUGUCAGCAAAAAUAUGGUUUAAUCGGCGAAGAUUGACAGUAACUAAGGAGUAUUUAUUUUCAUCGUUAGAGAGGUGUCUUUCACAUGCGGGGAUUGCUCUAUCCAUUAAAGGACAAAUAGAUCCUUGCGUACUGCUUCGAGCAACUGCAGAUUGCGUGAUCGUUGUAAGUCGAGGAGAGUGAUUCUGGGUCGGGGAACGACAUAAUUAAUUUUCACGCACAUCCAUAACUCCACAGGCUUCACUAGGAUUAUAUAUCACGAAAUGCUUCAGAACAAAAUGAGUCACACCAUUUUACUCUUCAUUUUGAAAAUGCUACCUGAUGAAAAACUCUCAAAGUAAAAUUCAAAAUUGCUUCUAAUUGCCACUUUUUCUACUGAAGUGUACCAUCGCCAGUGCAACCUACUUUGCACUGUCAUGUAUCAGAAAUACCAUAUACGGCAUCGCUAUUUCUACUAUGCUAGACAACGAAUCGAUGCAACAGACGACACCCGGCUGAAUUUCGAUUUGUUGAAAAUUCCCUUUCUAACGCACUGUCGCUUUUUACUCUGUUUAGGAUUCUACUCCAUGUUCCCAUGGCCGUUCCGCAUUUCGAUCGGACGAAAGAAUCCGCGAACCUUUCUACCUCCGAGCGGUUCGUUCUUCUGGUGGGACGUCCGGCGUUGAGUGAUACACACACACCUAUACGCUCAUACAUGGUGUCCUAGAUUUUAUCAAUAAAACUUUGUCAGAUAUUAUACUCUACGUACAGCGGUCCUGGUACAGAGUAAUUUUUUAAAGAUAUACUUUCUUUUAAUGGAGAGACUUAAAUUAUUUAUUGUGGUAGUAAAGAUUGUAUGCACAGUUUAUUAAAUAUGUUAUCAGUAGCAUAAUCUGACCCAUGUUUUAACAGCUUGUUUAUUACAGAUGUGAAACAAAGAUGGUAAAAUGUGGAGCAGCCUAUACGUUCAGAUACAAACAAGUGAGAUAGACAAAGAUGGCAAAAUGUGGAGCACCCUAUACGUUUAGAUACAAACGACACUUCUCCUUUUCCCAUUCACCAGACUUACGAGGUUGGUUACGUGCUCCUUGGUGGCAUCGCGACCCAUCCUGAAGCCGCGAUUAAAUCGUCCACUCUUCCUUGUGAUUCUCUGCUUCCAGCGGUUCUCAUGCAACUAUGAACACCAUUAGCGAUACCGUACAUUAGAGUCUCAUUAAACUAUUUGGAUCAUUAAGUUUUUAUAAAUGUCUAUUGUGCACCUUGAUGGCACCAAAGAAUUCGCUUUCAAUCUUCUGUUCCCAACUUCUUUAUUUUUAAAUCAAAUACCUUAAAUUCUUGGACGUAGUCGAAAUUCUCAAAUCUUUUAACUUCUAUAUUGUUGAAUUUAAAAAUUCUUCAAAUCUGCAAAUUCAAAAAUGCGUCAAGUUCCAAAUUUUCAAUUUUUUCAACAUCCAAACUCCCAGAAUCCCUCAAACCCAUCUCCAAAUUGUAGAAGCACCCCAAAUUCCAAGAUCCACAGCCAGUCAAUAUUAAUUGCCGGAGAAAAUGUAAGUUUGAUGAGCAUGAAUCAUGCAAGUGAACUUUCAUCCCAACGACAAAUUUGCAGUCUGACAGAGUUAAUGAAACCGAAACAGAAGCUGAUGAAGAACGUCAGGAUCCAUGAUUUGAUAAUCGCUUAGAUUUGACGGCGAAAGAAGAAUUGAAAAAAGAAAGUAGGUACGCGUACUCACGAAAAAAUGAUUUAGGUCAAAUUCAUUUUCGAGGUUCCCUUUCUCUGUUCGAGGACGAGACUUCCUCGCAGGAAGUGGAAGACUUACGGUUUCGUAAGGCUAAGAUGCAUGCGAUACCCUUCUCUUUGCGAACCGACAGGACCGUUAGUGUCAUUGAAUCAUGUAUUUUACGCGUCAUCGAUCAACGCGAUCACGAUUUUCACCGUUUAACAUCGACUUGCUAAUGCAAACACGUUUUUGUUAAACUUCCUUGCACAAUGAUUUAUCGAGUAAUUAGCAGAUACUAUGAAUGAUGAUACAGUGAUGCUACACGUGACGAUAUAUCAUAAUGCUGCACAUGGCGAUAUAGCUCGCCGAAGUUACAAUAUAUUACACUAUAAUACAUGGAAAUAAUGGCGAUAUAGCAAACAGAAAUAACAAUGCGUGACAAUACAAUGCGUGAAAGUAACAGGGCGUGGCGAUACAGCACGUACAAAUAACAGUGCAUAGAAAUAAUAAUGCAUGGCAAUAUAACGCGUGGAUAUAACAAUACGUGACAAUACGACGCGUGGAAAUAACAGUACGUAGAAAUAACAAUGUAUGACAAUACAAUGCGUUAAAAUAGCAGCGUGUGGCUACACAGCACGUGGAAAUAACAGUGCAUAGAAACAAUAAUGCGUGGCAAUAUAACGCGUGAAUAUAACAAUACGUGACAAUACGACGCGUGGAAAUAACAGUACGUAGAAAUAACAAUGUAUGACAAUACAAUGCGUUAAAAUAGCAGCGCGUGGCGAUGCAGCACGUAGAAAUAACAGUGCAUGGAAAUAGCAAUACAUGGCAAUACAACGCAUGGAAAUGACAGUGCAUAGAAAUAACAAUGUAUGACACAAUGCGUUAAAGUAACAGUGGGUGGCAAUACAGCACGUAGAAACAGUGCGUGGAAAUAAUAUAUGACAAUGCAACGCGUGGAAAUGACAGUAUUUGACAAUGUAACGCACAGAAAAAGCGGUGAACGGCGAUAUAAUGCACAGGAAUAUGUAGCUAUACAAUGUAAUGUGAUUCUAAAGUAAUCUGAUACUCACACAUCGCCUAAGAUUUCAUUUAAUAAUAAAAUUGACCGUUGCAUCAAGAACUAUAAUUAACCUGAUGCGCCCUGGUAAUCCUAUGAUUAACCUAAUCAUAGGACUAGGUCCUGUGACCUAACCUAAGUCAUCAUUACAGUAGAACCUAACCUAAUUCACUCUAAUCAUACUAGAAUUUACCUUACUCUAACAUACACCUACUCUGUUGACAUUUCUGAAUAAUCUAAUAAUUUUAUUAUUCACGGGCAAUAGUAUUAUCCACGUGAACAUCACCAAAAUCGUCUUCCCAGUUGACCAUCCCAACAGAAAAGCAACGCGUUAUGUAACUAGAUACAUAAAUUGGUGUCCCUAGUCCGAGAAAUCGAUGCGAACAGGUAUCGAAUGUUUUAGAAAGUUAUCAAAUCCCUAACUUCCUUUGUCAAAAAGGAUAUCCUGGUCCUAUAGAAUCAUCAGGAUCCACGGAGGAUCUCGUGUCCGGUGUUCACGGACGAUUGCUCCUGUGGAGGAUAGGGGGUAUCUAGUCGAAGUUUAUGGCACUAAACGAAUAAGAAGGAAAGAAAAAGAUUGCAAACGGUAUCGGUGACAGUGGAGAAAGAGAGAAAGAGAUUCGUCAGACGGUCUCAUCAGCAUAGGUGAUGGGUCGAGAUGCGAGUGGGGCCAGGGCUGGUAUAAAAGGGGCACCGUGGCAUCUGUGGAGCAUCAGUCCUCUAAUCCAAGGAACAGCAGCAACCAUGAGGGCAUUCAUGAUCGUGGUUCUCGCCGCAUCGGCGAUGGCGCGACCGGAAGCAGGCUACUCUUACUCCCAACCCAGCUCUAGCUACGGAGCACCCGGAGGUGGUGGAUCCACCGGGUUCGGAGGUGGACUCGGCGGAGGUCUCGGAGGUGGACUCGGUGGAGGUCUCGGAGGUGGCGGCGGUGGAGGCGGUUUCGGAGGUGGUUUCGGAGGCGGCGGCACCCUCAUCCAGAAACACAUCUACGUUCACGUACCACCACCAGAAGCACCGGAAGACCGACCUUCCAGACCCAUCGCUCCUCCACCACCACCACAGAAACACUACAAGAUCAUCUUCAUCAAGGCGCCCACUCCUCCGACGCCUACUGCUCCUGUUAUCCCUGCUCUGCCUCAGCAAGACGAACAGAAGACGCUGAUCUACGUGUUGGUUAAGAAACCGGAAGAAGCACCCGAGAUCUCUCUGCCUACCAUUGCGCCUACCCAACCGAGCAAACCGGAAGUUUACUUCAUCAAGUACAAGACUCAGAAGGAAGUCACGUCCGGAGGCGGUGGUGGUGGCGGUGGAAUCGGUGGCGGAAUCGGCGGUGGAAUCGGUGGCAGCGGGCCAAGCGGACCCAGCUCGUCGUACGGUGCUCCCAGCGCUUCAGGAGGGCCUUACUAGUCACAAAUGCCCGUUGAACCCCCGCAGCUCCUCCUCCAUUCACAAUCGGACCCAUCUUAACGCUCUGCGACACGCACGCAUUCACGGCUUCGGCCACGGCUUCAGCCACGGCUCAACAGCGUCCCUUUUGGACGCGACUCUCUGUGAUCCCACGUGGACGACCGCGGCGACGAGCAGGAACACGAUCGAGGGACCAAUCGAUGGCAAGACAUGGAUCCUGCUCGCGAUUCGGAGUUACACGAUUAGCAAGAAUUAUGUGAGAACGACCACGAUCAUAUGGAUGACCGUGACGACCACGAUGAUAACCACGAUCAUGAUGAUGAUGAUGGCGAUUCUAACGAUGGUUAGAAGAACGAUGACCAAGACGACGACGACGACGAUUAGGAUUACAAGUUUUUUUAUACGUUACUUUUUGCAAGAAAACGGUGGCGAAAUAAAGCUUUUUUUAUGUAUUUUUACAU